CCGGCGAGCUGCGUCGGUUGAUCCCGGCCGACGCGGACGCGGCGACGAGUGCCGAGGUAGGAGAUCCGGUAGCGGGCUAAGUUUAGGAGACGCUCGUCCUCUCGGAGUCGUCCCGCCUCGUCGGAGGUCCGGUGAAAGCGAUGACGAGUUCCGAGGCAGGGGAGGUGUGCGAGAUCAGCGGCAGGCCGUCGGCUAUCGUGCGCAUCGCUUAUCAUCAAUCGAGCGUCAUGUGCGGCACGCAUGGUCCCACGAGAGCGGCGUCCGCGAACGUCGCGAACGGCAACGCGGGGGCGUACGAAAUGGUGUGCGUGCGUCGCCUGUCCGGCCUGCCGGUCUUCGUCUCGGUGUCGUCGACCUUCCGGAACGGCUACACCGCCGUGAGAGACUCGCACGAAUCGGUGGCGUCGAUAUUUGGUCACGUGGAGGAUGGGAUGCGCGCCGGCCUAUCUUUUGUCAGUCCCAUCAACGACAAGAUUGCCAGCGCCCUGAAGGAGCCGCUCAAGGCCGUCGACAACGUCGUCUGCGUUGGGCUGGACUUCGUGGAAGAGAAGGUGCCCUCCGUCAAGUUACCGCCUCAUCAGAUUUACACGAACGUCAAGGAUAGCAUCAGGAAUAUUUUCACGUCAGCGUUAGAUAUCCUCACGCUUCUGUUUGGUGGGCAAAAGGACCAAAUAAAAGACGCGCCGGUUGCGAGCGAAACUGCAAAGGAAGAAGUUCGGAAAGCGGCUAGCGGAAUGGCGAAAAUGUGAUGAAUAAUUCUAUGCUUAGAUUUAUGAGAUAUGUAUUGUAAAAUUGUCUACGACGUUUCAGCCCAUUUUUUGCACGACGCGUUUAUUUGUUAUCUAGGUCUUAAAUGUAAAGUAUUGCGAUAGAAAUUCUGAGUGUAAUAGUACAAUUUGUUUCAAUGAUUUUAUAGUUUAACGAUAUUUAUUGUAAAUGAUUAUAACUUGAUUAUAUUUAUAAUAUAUAUAUGUAUAUGUAAUUAUAUAUAAAUAUUAUAAUACUAUAAUUAUAAAUUAUAGAUUUUGUUUUGUUUUUAAUGGUUUUUUGGUCUUGAGAGUAAAAUUUGCUUAAGUCGUUAUUUACAAAUAAAAGAUCCCUUUAUUCUUAAGUUAUAGUAUACCAAAAUAAAAUCUUUCAUUUGUUGUUAAUUGAAAACUUAACUACCUCUAAUUGAUUGUUGAGAAAUGUACUGUUAUAAAAUAUAAUUAUUUUUUAUCCA